AUGCUUAAGUCGAUAUUUCUGGUUGCAGCCCUCCUGGUCGUGGUACAGGCCACCAUUCUGUUGCCCAAGCCCCAGCCGGUGGAGCCCUGCAGCACAUGCAAUCUCUACCUAAGAGGCUACACCUGGGCCCUCGAGGACUGCACCUGCCGUGUCUUCCAGAACGCUUGCCUCCUGGGCGAGGAGAAUGCUCGCAGAAAGAAGGCCGGAAAAACCCCUCUUGUCAUUGUUUCGGAGAAGGUAUGCCGAAGUUUUAUUCCGAAGAAGUGCCUUAUUGGAUUACCAGUGGUGGCCAAGUUCCCGAAACCAGCCCCAUGCGGCUGCAAUGGCAAGCCUGGCAACCUCGUCAACCAACAGUUCAAGAAUCUCUGUGCGCUGAAAAAAUACUCCUCUGAAAAUUCAAAGCCCUACAUCAGCUACACAAUUGGAAUCUGCUAG